AUGGCUCGCGGUGCACCUCGAUCCAGGGCCCGGGCCCACGCCCACGAGUUCGUCGUCGUUGAAGACGACACAGCCACCACGGAUAUUUCCAACCAACAUGCUUCAAUAGACGCAAACAUUGCUCUCCUUGACAGACAUGACACUAAUACUGAGAGAGGUCCCCACAACUUCAUUGACCACUUGACCGACAAACUCAAGGAGCUGCAUAUCUAUAGCCCUGAAAAGAAUCGCGGCGACAGAUCGUUACUUCCUAUUUCCAACAGCCGUCCAACUCGAUUGUCUGUUCACAGUGUCGACACCGAGAUCUUCCCACUCCUCCAGGCUGUCAAGGAAGAAGCCGAAGACUGCGACAAUUGCCCAGCUGAGACCAUUUACGCGCAAGGACCAAUCCCUGCACAGCCGCCUCGAGUGAUCGAGGGUGUCCCCUCGUUGACUGAAACAAACGCAUUAACGGCGUCUGCUAGCCAGGCACAGGACUCAUUUGAAGCCAGCGUCCCCUCUGAAGUCUUCUCUGUCCUUGACAUUCCUGAUCACCAACGGCCGCUGAGUGCUAAUUCACAUAUUCAGUCGAGUAUCACACGACACAAGGCAGGUCAGUAUGACUAUGUACUUUCGGUUCCUGGCCUAGACGGCCCAGCCUUGCGAAUCGGUCCGCCCAGUCGGGUUCAGGAUGAAUCGCAGAGCUUUGGCUGCAACGUUCUGGCGCAGAACCAAGGCUCGACCUCUCAUAUCUGCAGUCAGGGCAAACUGACUAAUACCUACCGAAUUCUAGCCACUCCUUUAGGGCCUGAGGAAGUCGUGUCACUGCGCGCACAUCAAUACUCACAGGUGGAAGAAACCAUGGCCAUCGCCGAGCCCGUCGUUCGACUUCUUUCUCCAACGCCUGUGGAGAACGACACCGCAUUGAACAAGACAUCGCAGUCAGGUAUCACGGUCACUAUUGUCGAACAGACCCGGCCGAACCAGAUGGAGCCUUCAGCCAAGGCAAAUGAAAACAGGAAGGAGUCCUCAGUUGAUGUACUCGGGCAUCCAAAGGACAGAGUCAUUUCCGUAUCUACAGACGACAGCAGUUUUCAGGCUCCGCACACGCCCUCACGAUCGACUUCUGCAAGUUCGCAGUCGCGCAUAGAGGACUCCCUAGAAGCCAUUGAUAGACUCGAAGAGCAAUUGGAGCUUGUCGAUGCUGCCAUUACACCACCUAGCAAAACCCGGCGACACCAAGCAGCAAGCGAUGAAUCGCCUGCUUUGAACGAUUCCGCCAUCCGGUGCAAUGGCUCCUUACUGAGUCAUGGCCCAAGCAGUGCCAGGUCGAAACCUGUGACCUCUAAAACCCGCCCAACUCAGAGAAAGUCUGUCUCAAUCGUUGACGACAAGAGAGCUACAGGGUCUCCGGCCAAAGCAACUCCGACCCGAUCUUCUGUUUCUCGGCCAACUAGCUUGCUGCCGCCAAUCAAAUCCACCAAGCCCCCAACAAAGCCAUCGUUUGAGCUGCCGGGAGAGGCCGUCGCUAGGCGUCUAAAGGAGCAACGCGAAGCCCGUCAAGCGCAGCAGGCGCAGGACAAGGCUGCAGCCGCAGCCGCAGCAGCGCCUCAGAGAAGGAGAUCAACUAAAGCACUGACGCGACCCACAUUUGAGCUUCCGGGAGAGGCAAUCUCCAAGCGCAAGAGGGAGGAUCGUGAAGCCAGGCUCAGACAACAGGAGGAGGACGAGCGCAAGCGUCGCGAGUUCAAGGCGCGUCCUAUCAGGGCGAAACUAAAUUCAGCUUCGUACCCCCGCGAGACUGCUACUAGUCGUGCUCGCCAGGGCAAAGCCUCUGAGUCGAGCGAGGCAGCCCAGGUUGAGCAAAGCCCUGCCAAGCGCUCAUCGAUUAUUAUGACUCCGCGAACGCCAGUCACAAGAUCCACAUCAAACAGAUCCCCACAGGCUCGAGGCAGAGGCCUGUCCCAAGCUACCGUCACUUCCCAAAUCAGCCGUGGUACUUCUACUUCUACUACCAGUAUGGGAAAGCGCAGCACGCUAUCUGCCGAGGACUUGGAGCAGCAAAAGAUAAAGGGCAGGGAGGUUUUUGAGCGGGACAACGGUUACCUCGAGGAUAAGGAGCGGGAACGUCGUGAACGUGAACUCAAUGCCAAGCUUGCUCGCGAGCAGGCCGCCGAGCGCUCCAGACAAGCGAGCAGAGAGUGGGCUGAGAAGCAGCGACGCAAGCAGCUGGCAGCAACUAAUGCGGUGGCCCGUCAAGCAGUUUAG